UCCAAAGAAAUUCCUUUUUUUUUUGUUUAUUGCAGAUACUAUCAAUUGUGUAACAGUAAUGAAACUACACCUAUAAAUGUGCAACAACAGUUUUAGAAAAAUAAACGCGAAUCGAGAUUAACAAGGUCAAAAAGUACAUUCAUUUUAAUAAUGCGUACUUUGUUAAAUGGAUAUAAAUACAGCUAUUAUUUAAUUCAAGUCUUACUUGUAGCCUUGAAGAAGGCAAAUUAUCAACUUAUUUGAAUGAGGAUAAAUCUUACCUUGUCCGGUUUUGAUCUUUUAUUUAGCCUGCUACUUGAAAUUUACCCCCAGAACGCGAAUUACUUUCUUCUCUAAAGCAUCUUUUCAAUUGAACGAUCUCGUUCGUAAAUUGGAAUUGGAUACGCUUCAAUCACUAAACUAUGUUCUUUUACUUUGAACCUAAUUAAAGAUCAAACCACUCAUGGAGCUUGUAAGGAAAACAUUCCCGGUCUAUGUUCUAUUGAUGUUGAAUGGGCCUCUUGUGAUUCUCGAAUGUUUGAGCAACCCUAUCCUGGAUGUGACCUACAACGAUCUCGAAACUAUAAAUGCAACAUGUAACAGUUAUUCUUGUGUAUUACCUUAUACAUAUGAAGAAUUUGGCCAGUACAGCUGCAACUGUGAUGAUAAAUCUUGCAGUCUUCAAGGAAAUUGCUGUGUAGACUCACCAUACAAGAAUAAAUAUCCUAAGCAAUUAAAGCGCGUCGACUGUAGAACAUAUAAUGAUGGAUAUAUAUACCAUGUCCCCAUGGUAUACGAUUGUGACCCAGAUUUAGAAAGUGAUAAAACCACCACGGAACUGUGCAAAAGCAAUGGUGAAUUAUUAAACGAUCCCUUUUUGAAUAUACCCGUUACUGAUCCUGUAACAGGUAUUUCGUAUAAGAACUACUACUGCUAUGCUUGCAAUGAAAACUAUGGUGAUGAAGAGCCAGUGUUAUGGAACUUGAUUAUAGAAAGUUACUAUAGAAGAGUCGUAACAAACACGUUACCAGAUCUUUAUUUUGAUAAAGUCAGAUGGUUAUGGAUCAUGGACCACAACAAAUCAAAUGCAACAGAUGUAUCAUUGUAUACACAAAUUCCAGAAAAAAUUAAAAGUUAUAUACCAUACUGUUAUACGGGCAGAAUGAUAUCAGAAUGUGCUUCAAAUUGGACUGAUGACAACAUAAGGAUCAAGUGUUUAGCGUACAUGGCUCUUGCGAGAAUAAAAAUUAAUGGUAGCUCUUCUAUUGUGUAUUAUCGAAAUCCUCACUGCGCCAUUUGCAAUUAUCAGACCAUUGAUGACAUGGUUUGCAACUCAGGCUUCGAUGAUAAUAACGUGGUUAAUGACUUCUUUUAUGCAUCUUUCUCUGUUCGUGACAAAAAAAAGCAAAUUUCAUGAUGUUGUGAUGUAUGAUUACUUAGUUGGAGAAUUUAGAACUGUACAAAGGACAAAAAAGGAAAACGCAAAUUAAAUUUGGCCAGAAAAUUAUUCAUGACACAUUAAUGACAGAAGUUUUCCCUUACAAAUUAAGUUUGGAAUCCCAGGUCUACAACAAACAUCAAAAAUAUUUGUGUGAGUUUUUUAACAUCGUAGCAGAAACGUUAUAACUUAUAAAAAGUUUGAAUUUACCAGUUGGCAACUACAGCUGAUAAUUACACAUAAUCAUUGAAUAUUCUUGAACGGCAUCUAUUGCCCUGUACAUUUAUUACAUUUGUCGAAAUUUUAUUACCUUACUGACAGAAACUCCAUAACACAAUAAGUGCAGAAGUUUAUUACACAUAUUAUAUUGCAAGUAAUGAUCACAGCAAUAUACCGAGUCAUUAAAUUAGUUCUUAUGCAAAACUAGUAGGAAAAUGAGACUCAUUAUAAAAUUCCAAGAACUUGAGUUGUUAAAUAAUCAAACUACUUUUAUAAAUGUAAAAAAUCAUCUUGUAUACUGUUAACAUCGUUUUGAAAUUAAAAAUGCUAUAAUUUC